UAGAGAGCGUGGCGAUGAAACCAUUUACUGGCACAUCCCCAUUUGCACAGUGAUUUUAUUUCAUAAUGAAUUCUAUGCAGUGACUUACCAGCCUGUCACUGUGGGCUGAAGAGGGGAAGAGAGACUGAUGCAAUACAGGCGAGAGGAGGAAAGAACAUCACCUGGGCUUUAGGGAGUCCCAGACUAUCAACUGCCAGGUACUUAUCUUCAUUUCACAAAUUACUCUUGGUGCACAUAAUGGACAAAGCAGAUGAACUGACUAAGCAGAUUUUAUCCAGCUGCUGGAUGUGAAGCACUGCUCCACUGCAGGAUUCAGAAGAUGAAAAACAAGACGAUAGCUGGCUUUUCUGUCACCAAAUGCUCUGCAUUUCAGUUUUUCAAAAAACGGGUAAGAAGAUGGAUGAGGAGCCCCAAGGUCAGUGUGGACAAAUAUCAGCCAGCACAUAUGAGGAAUUCAGAUACAUUUGUAAGCACCCCAACUCAAAAAGAUGCAGAGCCACAGCUGUGGUGCCAGUCUCAUUGUCAAGAAUGUCACCUAUGUCAAGUAAUUGCUAAUACUCCAGAUGUGGAAGAAUGUGCCCACACAAAAGCUAGAAGCUGUAAAGUGAACAAUUCAACAAAGGGUAGAAGAUGGAAGAAGACUGAAAGAUUCAACACAGACUCAGUAGUUGGAAGAAAGUGGAAUGAUCCAGACUUGCUUACACCUAGGGUGGACAAAGUCACAAAGGAAUCACAAUGUUACCAUGGGAAUAUCACCCAUAAAUCCGAUGGAUCGAGGGAAAUCAGAAAGGGCUCUAAGGGAAAGAAACAAUGUCAAGAUGAACAUGUGAAACGUCGCUCAGAGAAACACUUUAUGGACAACUUUGACUCAGAAUUCUCACUCUCCACUUGUGUGAAAGUUCAUUUCUUCAAUAUCUCCCCCUUGAUCUACCACUCUGCUCAAUGGCAGCUACUUUCAUGCCUCUCCAAAUAUCUUUUGGGGGUGUUUGAUAUCUCUGUUUUUGAGGCUUCCCUGAGUAAUUGUGCAAAUGAGCAGCUGAGUUUGUUCAGUUUUGUACUAAAGCUCUGGAUUGAUGCUUCCAAACUUAUUUCCUUAAUGUGA